UUUCUUCUCCCACAAUACCUCGCUACCGGCUGUAACUUUACCACAGAUUGCACGACCGUUUACCAUGGCCAGAUACAUGAGGCCUCCGAAUACGUCUCUGUUCGUUAGAAACAUUUCCGACGAAUCCAGGCCUGAGGAUUUGCGACGUGAGUUUGGCCGCUAUGGGCCAAUUGUAGAUGUCUACAUCCCACUUGACUUCUAUACACGUCAGCCCAGAGGAUUUGCAUACAUUCAGUUUGAAGAUGUUCGUGAUGCGGAAGAUGCCCUUCACAGUCUGGACAGGAAGUGGGUGUGUGGCCGACAGAUUGAAAUCCAGUUCGCACAGGGUGACAGAAAGACGCCCAAUCAGAUGAAGUCCAAGGAGAGGAGCCCUCCCAGCAGGUCGUCACGAUACGACGACUACGACCGGGACAGACGCAGACGCUCUCGCAGCCGUAGCUAUGAGAGAUACAGAUCCCGCAGCCCUUCUUAUGAGCGCCGGCCCAGACGGUCCGAGAGUCCCAGAGAGUCUCGUGGGCGGCCGUAUGGAAGAGGACGAAGCAGGAGUCGUGAAAAUGACAGGUACAGGUCCAGACAUCGCAGAGAAUCUAGAGGAAGGUCUCGAUCCCGCUCCAGAUCCAUGACCCCACGAGACAACGCCUACUCAACCUCAGCUUCCCGCGACGUCCAGGACGAGGCGCGCGGGGCACGCUCACCUUCCCGAUCCAGAUCUCGCUCCGCGUCGCGGUCUCGUUCUCGGUCCCGGUCCUGGGCAGGCCGCAAGUCAGGAGGACACUAGUGAGCAUGUGCACCCUCCCCCUCCCCCUCAGUCAGACUAACGGACUGGGAUGUAAAUUGUUUUAGGACUGGUCAUUUUUCCACAAAAGAAAUGGUUUGUUUGUUAGAAAGGCGUAUGAAAAAGAAAUGCCGUGAAUGUGAUACAACACCAAACCAGCUGUGUUAAUGUUUUGUUCUGUUCUCCUGGAAGUGAUGUCGGUCCCUUUCAUGCGUUACUUUGGUAAAGGAUUUGCCUCCAGAAAUAUCAAACAUUAUAGUAGUUUCCAUUUUCAGUGGUAGUUAGCCAUGAGGAAUCUCUAUAUAUUUUUUUUACACAUACCAAUAGCAUAUGGAGACACCAUUUACUUAUCUCAUAAAAAUUAGUGUAUCCACCCUGUAACAGUGUUGUUUUGUGUAUCCAUGUUGCCUACUACUCAAAAUGUACCAUAUUUCGUUUUGUUAAAAAUUAUCUUUUAUAAAAGUAGGUGUAUUCUCUUCAAACGGUUGAUAUCGCGUUUCUGGAAAAGGAGCAAAAACUUGUCGGUCGUGUUUAUAUGAAUGGCUCUCUCUCUUAGUUGUUUCGCUGAAUAAACCUUGUCGCAUGUGUUGCUCACGAGACCCUCUUUCUUCAGUUACCUGUUGAAAAUAUACACUUUUUUGUGAGAAUAAACGAAU